GUGCCCCGGUUCGGGAGGGUGCGAGCCAUUGGCGGCUGACCCUCCCAGUUAAAAGGGCAGAUACUAACAUGGAAAAAGCAGCUUCUGCCCGUCAGCCGCUAUUUUUAGUUGGAACAACUGCGAGCCGCGUCAGGAAUCUAUCUCUUCGCUGGUUGCUUCUAAGCCGGACUGAUGCACAGCACCCGGCUCCCAGUCGCCUUGAGCCCGUCCAAUAACACCUCGGGGUCUUUACUCCCCAACUUCAACAGCGCCCAGCAUUCCACCUGUUGGUUCGGGAUAACAAGCUGAAAACAAAACCCUGCACUCUUGUCAACAAGCGGGAAAUCAGGCCUCUCUCUACAAAAUGUCCAAACGAAGUUCCAACGUCAAAUCUAUUCAGGCCAACAUAAACAUACCCAUGGGUGCCUUACUGCCUGGAGCGGGACAUCCCAGCAAAAGAAAAGAAUGUACAAUAGAUGCCGACGAGGGGACAUGCAAUAAAUCAGAUGAGAAGAAAGAGUUGCCUGGAGCAGUGAAAUUACCGGGACCGACCGUCAACCUCAAGCAGCUUCAAGAUGCCAAGAGUGAGCUCAAAUUUGUCCCCAAGGUUUAGUAAAAGAACCUGCACUUGGCUUGAGGAGCAGCAACUAUUCCCAUGGAAUUUCACUUUGUGCCAUCACUGCCCACACAGAAUGGCAUUGGGCUACUCAUAUGCCCCAAGAUUUUAUACAGGCUUCAGUAGAAUAAACCGAUGAUAUAUGCAAGGCCCACUCUUCACCACUAUUGCCUCCAAUACUGUAAAAUUUGUGUUCCUAUGCACUCUGACCUUCUUCCUCAAGACAAUAGACAAUAGACAAUAAGUGCAGGAGUAGGCCAUUCGGCCCUUCGAGCCAGAACCGCCAUUCAAUGUCAUCAUGGCUGAUCAUCCACAAUCAGUACGCCGUUCCUGCCUUCUCCCCAUAUCCUCUGACUCCGCUAUCUUUAAGAGCCCUAUCUAGCUCUGUCUUGAAAGUAUCCAGCGAACCAGCCUGCACCGCCCUCUGAAUGUGAUUAUAACACUUAUUAUGAAAUAAUGAAAGAUUAUUAAGCCUGUAGACAUGUUAAAUUCAGAUGAUAAAUUACUUUUAACAUAAUAUGUGGAUUUUAGGCAAAUACUGUACUUGUUUUAAAUAAUAAUACUAUCUCCAGGUGUCGUUACAGCACAAAAUAGUAGAACAUGUUGGCUUUCAGAUUAAAUCUUUGUUCACUACAAGGUUCUUCAUCGCAAGUCUACGUAACAGCAAUAAACAAUGUACCUAAAGUCUG